AAAUAUUGUAUUGAAGCAUAUUUAUCAAAAGACGAAAUAUCAGUCUUCAAGACUGCUAACGAAAUUUCAUUAGGGAACACGAGUUGGAUAAUCAAGCAACAUCUUCGUCCGCCUAAAUUAAACACACUGUUUGCCGUACCAUGCCAUAAUACGAACCCUGGUCAAGAAAUUUAAACCGCAGUUUAACUUCGAUCCGAUCUUGGGAAAAGAGAACAAUCUGAAUAAGAGGAACAAAAGAGGACUAUCUGUACUUAAAAAUGUGGGAUUUCAAGCAUUCUUUGUGGUUUGCUUACUUGAUUUGCAUCACUGGUGGGAUAUAUGGCCAUCAACGACCGAACUGCGAAUAUCGAUCGAGAGAGAAGGUACUCGUUUGCAAGGAAAUAAUCGAUCCGGAACGGAUCGCACAGAACAUUGGUAAAUCAACAGAGCGGAUAGUUUUCACGUCAGAUUCUUUGGCUUGUGACUGUUCUUUGAAAACGUUGUUGGAAUGGAAGGAAGAAUUAUCAUCGGCAAGAAAUGUUGUCCUAGAAGGUAUUUGUUCUUCUCCAAAGUACCCCUUGGGACGAUCCAUAGGCAGCCUCUCCUCCACAGACAUUUCAUGUGCGGGUGCUGAUGAUGCUUUGCUUAUACGCAAGAGACGAGCUGCUGGCGAAGGCCAACAACCGAAUGCAAACAAAACUUAUAUACCAGAUGCACCCUUAUGGCCGUGUGACUUUGAAGAAGGAUUUUGCCAGUGGUUUCAGUCACAUAAUGGUGAUUUUCAUUGGAGAAGAUACAAAGGCGAGACACCUUCCAGGAAUACUGGCCCAACUACGGAUCAUACCAAAGGAAAUGCUGAUGGAUAUUAUAUCUACAUUGAAACGUCUCUGCCUCGACGGCGUUAUCACAAGGCGAGACUAGUUAGCCCAACGUUGGCCCCCGUGAAUCCGAAUACCACUUGCCAGCUGGAUUUGUUUAUCCACAUGAAAGGACUUCACAUAGGUGCACUCAACAUCUAUCAACAACCAGUCGUAGGUUUUCCCGUCAAGAAACUGUCACUCACAACAAACCAAGGUCCCGACUGGUUUAAACGGCAAGUUCAGUUCGACAGUGACACGGAAUUUCAGGUCAUAAUUGAAGGUGUACGUGGCGCUCAGUACCAGGGAGACAUCGCAUUGGACGACAUUUCAUUUACAGCUGGCUGUGAAAGACUAGCGCCUUCCUAUGUGCGUCUCGUUAAUGGUUCAACAUUCAAUGAGGGCGCGGUAGAGGUAUAUCACCAAGACCUAUGGCAACCAGUUUGCAGUGACGGUUGGAGCCAAUCAGAGUCCUUCGUUGCUUGCAGAGAACUGGGAUUCGAAAACGCAUCAACAGACGGUACACCGCUGAUCGGCAUGUUCGCUGGACUCUCCAACGUUAGUUGUAAAGGCGAUGAGACUUCAAUCAAAGAUUGUUCUCUUAGAGAGAGUUCUAAGAACGUAACUUGUCCUAGUAACAGCACAGUUACAGUUCAAUGUGCAGGUAUCCUUCCUGUAUGUCCCUUAAAAACCCAUUUCCAUUGUCCGGUGGAUGGCAGCGGUAACAAAGCGUGUAUUUCUCGGGCUCAACUAUGCGACUUUACUAAUGACUGCUGGGAUGGCUCUGAUGAAAUUAACUGCCAAAAUUACACGCGUUGUGAUUUCAACGACACAAACAUCUGCGGCUGGCUUCAGGCUAAAAACGACCAAAUGGACUGGACACGGCACAAAGGCAAUACACCAUCCAUCUUCACAGGUCCAUCAGCUGAUCAUAACGGCAAUGCCAAUGGAUAUUAUUUAUACAUGGAGGUGUCUGGUCGACAGGGUGGUGAAAAAGCCAGAAUACUCGUCACUCCGCGUUUUCGAGGCGAUAACAAUGGUCUUUGCAAGCUUCGCUUCUACUAUCAUUUGUUUGGACUCGGGAUUGGUACUCUCCGUGUGCUAGCCGCUGACCGGUACUCUCAGAGGACGCUGUGGACGAAGUCUUAUUCGCAACUUAACGAUUGGGGCCGCGCUGAAGUGCCCUUGUUUAACAUGUCAUCCUCGUUUUAUGUUACAUUUGAAGGCGAGCACAGUGGAUACAGUCCGCACGGGGACAUAACGAUUGAUGAUAUCUCGUUCACACCGGAAUGCCGAGCUGCGCCCCACGAAAACGUCACCUGCAAGGAUGGAACCUUACAGUGUGGAAGUGGCGAAUGUAUUCCUUUGUCCAAACAGUGUGAUUUUACCGAUGACUGUUUUGACGGCUCGGACGAGUUAAACUGCGGUCUUCAAACACCCGGCCGGUGUGACUUUGAGGUCGACAUGUGUCACUGGCAAAACUUGACAGAUGAUGAUUUUGACUGGGAGAGACACACGGGAAGCACAGCAAGCUUUGACACUGGACCCUCUUACGAUCACACUAAGGGCUACCGAGGGGCUGGUCAUUACCUAUACAUAGAAGCAUCGAGUCCUCGAGCGCCAGGGCAUAUAGCAAGGGUCAUCAGUCCGCAGUUUAUGUGGCAGAAUGUGGCUGGAUGCACGCUUCGCUUUUAUUAUCACAUGAGAGGAUUGUGGGGAUUUAGAACCGUGGGAACACUGAGAGUCAUUUUGAGGAACACAAUCACUGGUGAUGAAACAUCUCCCUUGUGGCAAAAAUCUGGUAACCAAGGAAACCAGUGGCUCCGUGCAGACGUCAACAUAAAUACAAACUGGACAGUAUCUCAGGUUAUCAUUGAAGCUGAGAGAGGCUACACAUUCCACGGUGAUAUUUCUAUUGAUGAUAUAUCCUUCUCGCCCCAGUGCUACCCGUCCGAAGUCGUACACCUAUACAAGAAUUAUGACGUCCGUCUAACGGAUGGAAAAGCUGGCUCGUUCGAGGGACGCGUAGAGAUAUACCGUGUAGGUACCUGGGGCACAAUCUGUGAUGAUGGCUGGGGCCACGAUGAUGCCGAAGUCGUUUGCAGACAACUGGGGUACGGCGGAGCUAAAUACAUCCGUGCAGGUUCGCAUUUUGGCGAAGGAAGGGGUAUUAUUUGGUUGGAUGAUCUCGCUUGUUUUGGGAACGAGACAAGCCUCGGACGGUGUGCUCACAACGGUUGGGGGAGUCACGAUUGUACUCACUCACAAGAUGCUGGUGUCAUCUGCGAUAAAGAUAGCGGUAGUACAAAAUCAUUAAGGCUACAGGACAGUAACACUACCAACAGUGGACGAGUAGAAAUAUAUCGCGGUGGCUCAUGGGAACCGAUUUGCUACGAUGGCUGGGAUAUCCAUGAUGCCUUUGUGGCGUGUCGACAGCUCGGUUUUCCUGGGGCCGAAAGCAUCACUUCUGAACCCGUGGGAAGCGUCACUCGCUCACUGAAAAAAGUGCAAUGUCGAGGAAAUGAAGAUACUUUGGGAGACUGUGCCAAUAAUGGUUGGAACGAGGGAAAUUGUAACUAUGGGUUUGCUGGCGUGAUUUGUUCUGAGAGAGGAACAGCGGAAGGAAAUAUCCGACUCCGAGGCGGCAGCUCCGAGAGGGAGGGUCGUGUGGAAGUGUUUCACAGAGGAGAAUGGGGCACAGUUUGUGAUGACGCCUGGACAGAAGCAAAUUCGCGAGUCGUCUGCUAUGAGCUUGGUUUCACAAGCGUGAGGAAGGUUUAUCAGAGUUUUGGUCCCGGUAGUGGACGGGUGUGGCUGGACAGGGUCAACUGUCGUGGAAACGAGAGCGCUCUCGUCAAGUGUGGUAAUUCGGGAUGGGGAGUCACUUCUUGUAGGCACUCAGAAGAUGUUGGUGUUAUAUGCUCAGACGAAGCCUAUAUUGGUUGCUACAAAGAUACACAGAAUCAUGUUAUGAGCCAUCAACUUACAUCUUCAGAUAUGACUCCGGUAAAGUGCAUACGUCGUUGUCAAAGCAAGGGCUUCAUGUACGCAGGAUUAGAGUGGGCUAAUGAAUGCUACUGUGGAAAUCACUUUGACAGAUACGGUAAUGCUACUUCAUGCCAAUUGCCAUGUCUUGGUGACCCCAAUAAAGUCUGUGGAGGGACCUGGGCACUAUCUGUUUAUCAUACAGAUCCAGCGAUAGUACCAACCCAAAUUCCAGGUUACAGCCCUGUCACACAGAGCUGUACAAGACGUAUAUUUUCAUUUUUACAAUGGCGAUAUCAAAUUCCUGAUAAGUUCUACGCUGGAGAUCAUAGCAAGGGUUGGAUAUCAUCGCCAGCCUUCCCGAACAAAUACUACCAUAAUACUGUUUGCAUCUGGGUUCUAAACUUACAGCCUGGCACACAAGCAAAGGUCACUUUUAAAUAUUUUCAGACAGAACAAUAUUACGACAGUGUUGAAAUAAGGGACGGCGACAAACACUAUUCAGAGCCCUUUCUUACCCCGCAAGGGGGAUUCAGCGGAAAUGUUACCCAUUCAGUAACUGCCUCAGGCAAUGUGAUGUGGAUUAAAUUUAACGCUGAUUCCACUGUAAACUAUAAAGGUUUCAACCUUACAUACGAAGCUGUUGCUGGACCCACAGUUAUUCCAACGACCUCAUCGAUGAGCACAACUAUUCCGCCCUCACAACUACCACUUUAUCAAAUGGUGGAGGGAGGAUGUAACGGUAUAUCACACCCUGUGAACACAACAUUUGGGUACUUGGACAAGUAUCAUAGCAGUGGGUUUGUUCAAAGUCCAAACUAUCCCUCAAAUUAUGACAACAAUCUGGUCUGCCGCUGGCUUAUACGAGUUGCCCCUGGUUACCGAAUACACUUGACAGUAAGGAAAGAGGACGUCGAUCAUGAAGCUCAUGCAGGUGGACUGGGCGACGAACUGCGCGUGGAGGACGAAACGUCAGACAAGAGUUCUAGCGAUUUCUCGGCGCCUUGGUCAUUUUUGUCAAAAGGAUCUCUUGUACGUUUGGUGUUCGUGACUGACUCAGCGAACACUGGAAAAGGAUUUUAUCUCCGCUAUGAAAGAGUUAAUAUUAGUGAUGAGAGCGUGACUACGCACAUGCCGCCAACGACCAGCCAGACGACCUCGACAGCCAUAUUAAUCCAGCCGUCUUCAAACACACCGAUAGUUUUAACAUCUACAGUCCAGACGACGAACUCUACUGACAGAGGAACGAUUCAUCAGACAGACAAAACCAUGACAACAUUCAACAACGUCUUGCCAACCUCCACCAUUCUGACGUCAUCUACAUUGAUUAACCUCAAACCAACAUCCGCUAAAGUUCCUCUAACUGAAACAGAGCCGCCUGCGACACGUGAAGAGAACACUCUAGAGAAGCAAAAAGACUCUCGCCAGGAUGCCAUGAGUGGCGGCACCAUUGCUUCCAUCGUUGUUCCCGUUUUGCUGGUGAUCUUAGGGGUGAUUAUUAUCAUAGUGAUACUGGUUCGUUUAAAAAAGAAGAAGAGACAAAAUCAAGGAGUUCGUCACGGGUUUUGUAACGAAUCGUACGGCGAUGGGGAAUCAAUCCGCAUGCAGACGUCCCCGAGAACACGAGAAACCUCCCAAGCAGUAACUGCCAAUCAGAACCAAACUCCAGCACUCGCCUUACCUGCCCAGGAACCCACUGCUUACUUUACAGCUGCACCUCCUCCAUACAGUCAAACAGCUUCCGGGGACUAUUUCGUACCUUUCGCUGCUCCUUACGGAGGAGGAAUAGCCCCAGUAGGAAUCGAGAACCCCGGUUACGCUCAGCUGUACUCAGCUCCUCCUGCUUACGAGGCCUCCGUACGGCAGGCAGCCAACUCUACAACAGCAACGGGAAUUGGGUCGGUGACAAGUCUGAGGGAGGCCGCAAAAGAUGAUGGAGCCCCAGUGUUAAAUGGUCUUGCUGCUCCUGGCGCAGUUUAUGCUCCGCUUUCCAGAGCAGUCCUUCCUCCCAUACGGGGCACUCAACCGACAGGUGAUCCUGUAAAGAAACAGGCUCCCGAAGAGGAAGAAGCCGGCCCCCUGCCUGAAAAACCUCCGCUGACCGUUGAACAUCUUCCUGAGCCGUCGGCUCCCCCCAGGCCUCCAUCGGCUACCUCCCAAGUCCGGCUAGUGAGUCCUGCGUCUCCACCGGAAGCGGCAAUGGAAUUUGACACCGAAGUACCCUUCGAAUUCCUUUGUCCAAUCACAAAUAAGAUCAUGUCAGAUCCCGUAAAAGCAUCUGAUGGUUACAAUUACGAGCGCAAAGCUAUUCGUCGUUGGUUCCGAAAGAAGCGAAGUAGUCCGAUGACUAACGAGACCUUGACGGAUUUUGAAGUUCAGUCCAACGCUGAGCUACGAAGCCAAAUCGAACGUUUUGUGGCAAAUCAUUCUGUUGUGUGACACUGUGUUGAGUUUUAGCUUGCAGAACAGGCGGGUUGAGUGUAUAUAGAGUUUUUCUCAGUCGGCCUUUUUUUUUUUUUUUUUUAAAUUUUGCUCAAGGUUUGUUUAGUCAUAAAUUUGUGUCCAACGCACGCUGACCGGUCAGCGUUGAAUAUUCAGAUUGGUCCUCCCGAUCGAUUAGAUAAAAGAUUACGUACUCCUUAACAGCCUUCAUUGCCUUUCAGUGGCUGGUAACCUCAUAAUAACCGUCACAAAGUGAACGUCAGUGUAUAUUUGGAUAGCGUGGUGAAGACUACUGAAAACAAUCGCAAAUUGAAAACAUUUUUUUCGCUUCAGUUUCCGAAACGGCCCGUCUCGGUAGAUGAAGAAUGCCACAGAGACAUGCAUUAUCCGCUCAGCAUAGUCGCUUUCUUAAAAUAAGAUAUAAAUACGCACUCAAAACUCCAUUGCUCUAUUGACGCUAAGUAAGUAAAUAAAGUUUUUUCUCGUAUUUGUUGUUUAUGAAUACAGUGUAUAUGUGUUCGUCAUGAAUAUUUUCUCUUGUGUUACUGAAAGAGGCCAAUAGCUGUUUGGUCCCCAGUUUUAUAGGAUAUAAAACAGAGUAGUUAUUUGGUGGACUGGGGAAGAGCAAGCUUUGUAAGAUGAAUGGCGUGUUGAUAAUCUAAAGGCCGUUGGAAUCUCGGCAAAAUGUCUUUAUUGAUAAAUGAAUGGUAGGUUGUUGCUAGUGGUAACAAUUAUUCACGAGACUCACCUGAGCAAGCAGUCUGUUUUGGGACGUCAUGAGAAACGACUGAGAAAAAUAUGUGCCCCUUACUAAAUUUGAUCAGCUCUAUUUUAUUGGUAUCUUAAUAUUAGAAUGAUCUUAAGAAUGACUUCGAGUUUUGGUAGCAUUUCCUAAACUUGUCAACGUGUAUUAAUUUAUUUUUCCGAAUGAGCCAUAACCUACAGUUGUGUAAAGUUGUGUAGAGUUUAGAAAUGAAGUGUUUUAGAAUAUUUGUGAAGAAACUUUAAGUUUUACGCGUGUUUCGUUUCAUUUGUAUGGCCUAAAGGCAUUUUGUAACAAGCUAUAUAUAAGAAAUAUCUUGCCUGUGUAAUUUUAUAAAAGAUUUCUUAAAAUGA